CUCUUGCGCCGCUCCGCCCUGAUCUCCUACAGCAGACGCUCAACUCCCGUGAACUCAACAGAAAGGAGCGUCACAAACUACUGAACCAUCUAUUUUUUAACACAAAUGAUAAUUUAAUUUUUUUUUUUUAAAGAUUCGUGGACAUGUCUUCCUCCAGCACGUGCAGAUACAGCUAUGACGAGUACAAAAAGACGGCAGACUGGCUGCUGGAUCAGACAAAGCAGCGCCCCACGGUGGCUAUCAUCUGCGGUUCAGGUCUGGGUGGUCUGGCUGACCUGUUAGAAGACAAGGAAGUAUUUCCAUAUGCAGACAUCCCACUUUUCCCCACCAGCACCGUGCCAGGCCAUGCCGGUCAGCUGGUGUUUGGAAAGAUGCAGGGCCGCGCGUGUGUGUGUAUGCAGGGGCGAUUUCACUUCUACGAGGGCUACGACAUACAAAAGGUGACGUACCCAGUGCGCGUGUUUUUCAUGCUCGGCGUGAAAACCCUGAUUGUGACAAAUGCAGCCGGUGGACUCAAUGGCAGCUACUGCGUUGGAGACAUCAUGCUCAUUAAGGAUCACAUCAACAUGCCCGGCUUCGCGGGGCAGAAUCCACUUUGUGGCCACAACGAUGAGAGGUUCGGAACGCGCUUCCCAUGCAUGUCAGACGCGUACGACCGUGACAUGAGGGCUCUGGCCAAGCAGAUUGCAGAGGAGCAGGGCUGCGGCGGCUUCCUGCGGGAAGGAGUUUACUGCAUGCUGGCCGGUCCGACAUAUGAGACCAUUGCAGAGUGCAGGCUUCUGCAGACCCUGGGGGCUGACGCCGUCGGCAUGAGCACAGUCCCAGAGGUGGUGGUGGCUCGUCACUGUGGCUUGAACGUCCUGGGUGUUUCCCUUAUCACCAACAUGGCUGUGAUGGAUUACGAGAGCACGGUGAAAGCAAACCACGCGGAGGUGCUGGAGACCACCCGACACCGAACCCACGACCUGGAGAGGCUCGUCAGCAACCUCAUCACCAAGAUCUAGAAACAUCCGUAAACAUGCACGCACAAAAUCCAGGCUUUGCACGAAAUGAUCAGUGACAGGUUUUAUCAAAGGUUUGAAUGUAGUAUAAAGGGAUAAGGGUUUAUUACUGGGUAAUAGGGUUAAUUAUUGUGUUUUUAAGUUGCUUUAAAGGUAGAGGGAAGAGUAAAAAAGUAUAUUGUUAUAAUAUAUGGGAAUAAUAGCUGGUAACUGGCAUAGUAUUUGAUGAAUGUAAGCAUUGUUAUCACUGUAGGACUUUUGGGAGUAAGGAAUGUGUUAGAUCGAGUCCCCGUGAGUCACAUCCAUGGAGACUUAAGGUUAAAGGUUUUAUCUGUAAACCAAUUCUACAUGGGGAAAUACAGAACACGUAGGUGAGAGACAAAGAUCCAGAUUGACUGACAGAAUAAUUCUGAUAAUUCUAAUCUGAUGUCGCUCGUCAGACUGAACGCUAAUUUAUUCCCGGCAUUAAUUGCGCACUUGUCUUUUGAAAGCGAACGCAGUACCACUAGAAAUGGAAGGGGGGAGCAGUGUAGCUAAUACUCCAAGCAAGGCAACCACAGUAUAAGAUAAUGAGGAAGACAUUUGUAACUUUGCAACAACCUUGACAGUGUGGCUGCUCUUGCGGGUUUCUUAAAGGUCCAAGAGCAUCUGGGAACCACGGUGACCGUCACAUACAAUUCUCUCUCUCCUGCGCUCUCUGCCAUUUCCUCUUCUGUCUUUGGUUGGUUUAUGCAUCGGGUUUACAGAGGCGGGGGCCGGUCACCAAAAUGCAAAAAGCAAGUCCAUUCAGGCUGCUGCUUAAAAAGAAAAGCUAUUAAACACCAAAACAAACAUACCUGAGGGUAGUUUAUUCAAUGUCAGGCCUUUAAAAGGUAGAUUAAUAUAUCCACCAUUUGCUGCUGUCAUACACUGCCUCUGGAGGGCGCUCAUGCGUCUUUCUAGACCAGUGGUUCAACAUAAAAUACAGAGCAAAGUGAUGUUUCUAAGUUCCUCCAGAGGAAGCUUGCAUACCACUCCUGGUUACACGUACCACCCUUUGAGAACCACAGCUGUGGACUACACUACAAGCGUCAGUUUUGCCUGUGGUUGGUGUGGUCAGAAGUGUCUUGUCGCCCUCCUGCACCUGCUGCACCUACACCUGACAGUGAUGUGACAGGUGCACGGACGGUCGGACACGCCCCCCGUCAGCGCCGCUUCCCUCUGCAUCACUGCGCCACAGUGAGAAAUGAAAGCACCGCAGGGCAUCGAAAAACAAGACUAUCAGAGGCUGAUAAGUUGCUCUUAAAUAAUAAAUGGUGCCCGGGUGUGAAUCAUGAUGAGAUGUGAAAAGCCGAGGAAAGGAACAGAGGUGGAAGUAAAAGAUGUUGUCGAAUGGUAAAGGUUUUAAAAACCUAUGUUUGAAUCCCAUAUGUGCUGGAAGGAAAGCAGCCGUGGACUUAUUCAUGUAUUUUAAGUGAAACAACUUAUAUAAUAGGGAGUUACAGAAUAUUGUAUUUUAGACAUGUAUUUAAUGGGGAUCUUUAAAAAAGGAAUUAUACGUAUAGAGAGAAAUAAUAUCUAAUAUUUUAAUGAAAUACUGAAAUCUAUUAUAAUCUGAACCCUGUGGUUUGCACUUUUCAAUCUUCUCUGUUGAACUGGAAGCUCCUGUCAGGUUCCCCUGAACAUUUCAUCCAUUAGAGCUGGGGGAGUCAUUGAUCAGCAGUCUGCUUUGUGUCACGCAUAACAUCGAGAUGCCAAUAGAAGUCUUUAGGGAGGGGGGAUUCCACUCCGAGUGGAGCCUGCCAUCAUGGAAAUGUAAGAUCUGGAGCUGCUGUGUAGAGGAAACAGAAAACUUAACAUUAAGAUGCUUUAAUUUGAUCAUUGCUCAGGAUAUAAUCUCCAAAACAGCCUUGAAACCAUUGCUUUAGUACCACACUGGCCUUCUUUUGUGUAUGGGCACAACACCAGAUUUUGCAUUUCACUCCCACGUCAGCCUUCUGUUGUGUGUCUUGUAUGAGGUUUAAUCGUAAGUCGCGGGUCAUAAUCGUAUUACUUCCGCUGUCGGUUGAUUUCAUGUAAAAUGCUGCUGAAAUAAAUGAAUAAAAACAUUUUAUCAGAACA